CUUCCUCCUGCCAGAUCCGGGCGCUGGAGCCACACCCCCCACCCAUCUGCAGGUGAGUUGCUCGGGGGCUCGACCCUAGAUUCGGCAGUGAUGGUGCCCAUGGCGCCCUCUGUUUCUCCUCCUUCAUUUCAUCCCAUGCCGGCUCUUGCAGAUCCUGAGGUCGUCCCCCCCCUUGGUGCAGGAACUGAAGCCCCCCACGCCGCUGCACCUGUCAAGCGAAGCAAGGAACCAGACAAGAUGCCGGAAAUUGAUUGGAACGCUGAGAACACCCGGAUUGUGUGUAAAUUGUUUGCCGAACAAGUUGAGAAAGGAAAUCGACCAAGCACUUACCUGAAUGCACUUGGUUAUGCUGAGGUUGAGAAAGGGUUCAAAGAUAGGACAGGGCUUGAGAUCAGCAAGGGUCAACUGAAAAACAAGUGGGACAAGUUAAAAGAAGAUUUCAGGGCAUGGAAGAAACUCCAGAUGAGGGAAACUGGAACCGGUUGGGAUCCUGUAAAGAGGACAUUUGAUAUGGAUGAUGAAUGGUGGAAGAAAGCUAGAGCUGAUAUUCCUGGAUGUGGAAAGUUCAGGAAGCAACCCCUUCCAAAUGAAGAAGAAUUGGCAAGGUGUUUUGUGGGCAUCACUAAUAUUGGUAUUGACCAUUGGUCUCCUCAUGGAGGUAAUGGCGCAGCACCUCCAAUUGAUGGUGAAACACAAGAGGAGGCAGGGAUUUUUGGGACACAAGAUGAUGCAUUUCUUGCUGAAAAUCAAGAAGAAGAGAAUGUGUAG